GGUUAUACUCAGACUUCGGUCUUCGGGUUUAUAUAUAUAUAUAUGUAUAUAUAUAUAUGAUAUAAAUGUUCCAAGAGCCGCAGCCUAUACUUCAAUACCCAUCCGCAUGCUGAGAACAAAAUGGCAACACCGCGGGAGUCCGGCUUACAUACCUCAAACCUCAAACCACGAUCGUGGCUACGACUGUAGACACGUAUAUGUAUUGUACCAGAGAUGAAAAACCUUUUCAUCUCUGAUUGUACGUUAGGUGUUGCAGUUUACGAUUUGCGAUUUACAUUGUGCUCGUCCGAUCGUAAUUUACAAAAAUUACGAAUCGUACCUGUUGCGCGACACAUCGUUAUCGCGUAUAUAUGUACGUGAUUUGUUCGUGGUUCAUGAUUUGAUGUUAUCGAAGAAUAAGAUGGAGGGCGCGCGCGCGCGUUCCUCCGAGAAAGUCAACACGAGAAGAUGUUACUGAGAUUUUAAGCGUGUAAAUACAGAUAAUUCGUUGUACAGCUGCGUUCUCAGAGAGAGAGAGAGAGAUAUAUAUAACAUCGUCGAAAUUAUGAGUGCGAUGUGCCGGCGUUUGACGAUAACGCGAAGUGCCGUUCAUCGUCGAAGAAGAGAUCUCGUUGUUAAACUGCAGAUACGUAACAAUUCUGACUCUGUGAUACCGGUGAAACUUGCGUACGUCUCGUACGAAGCGAUGAACGGCGAUAAAAAUCCUGCGCACCAUCCUAUCAUCGUGAUGCAUGGCCUCCUUGGCUCCAAGACGAACUGGAGUUCGUUGUCAAAAGCGAUUCACCAGCGAACGAAUCGUAAGGUGAUAACAGUAGACGCGAGGAAUCACGGCGAUUCUCCGCACUCUUUGGAAAUGACCUACGGACACAUGGCUCAGGACAUAGUUCGACUCAUGGACGAUUUAGGAUUUGAAAAGUCCGUGCUGGUUGGACACAGUAUGGGAGGUUCUACGAUGAUGUACGUUGCUUUGCACAACCCGCGACUGGUAGAGAAAUUGGUGGUAAUCGAUAUGUCACCGGUGAGAACGAGCCCUCAGCUGCUCGAUGUACAACAAUUGAUGAGAGUGAUGAGUACUAUAAACUUUGAAGGAGUCGCGACGUUGACGAAAGCACGUGGUAUCGUAAAGGAACGACUCGCGAAAGUUACUUCUUCUUUCAGUUUGCGUCAGUUCUUGGCGAUGAACGUAGUGGAGGCUGACGUUGGGAAAUUUAAGUGGCGGGUUAAUUUACCUGUGUUGGAGCAAGCUUUCCCGAACCAGAUAGCCGUGUUUCCUGAUGUCGGAUCGAAAGUUUACGACGGGCCGACGUUGUUCAUAGGCGGUGGUAAAAGUGAUUUCAUACGAGUGGAAGAUCAUGAUAAAAUUAAACUACUGUUCCCAUCUGCUCGGUUCACGUACAUAAAAGACGCGAAUCAUUGGGUACACGCGGACAAACCAGAAGAGUUUUUGAGAACGACCAUCGAUUUCAUUAACCAGCCCUGAUCGUCGAUAUUGUGUCCAUGAUUUCACAUGUAAAAAAAAGUACACCAUAUUUUGUAAAUAUAUACAUAUAUAUUUGUGAAAUUACUCUGA